CCCCUUUCACCUCGCGGCCCGUGUGGCUAACGUGGAAGUCCGAGCCGCCGGCCGCCCGCUCUGGGGCUGCCACGAGGGUCUGGGCGGCGCGGGGCGGCCUUUCUGGGGAGGGAAUGACGGGGCGCGCGGGCGCCGGGGAGCCGACGGCGGUGUAGCCCGCCUCGAGCCCGGCCCGGAGCGUAGCGGCGGCGACGGCAGCGGCGGCCGGCCCCGGGAGGCCAGGGAGGGCCGCCGCCUCGAGCGGCCGAGCGCCGGCGCCAUGGCCCCCAUGGGCAUCCGCCUGUCCCCUCUGGGGGUGGCCGUGUUCUGUCUGCUGGGGCUUGGCGUGCUCUACCACCUCUACUCGGGCUUCCUGGCCGGCCGUUUGAGCUUCUUCGGCCUGGGCGGCGAGCCGGGCGACGGUGCGGCGGGGCCCGCGGCCGGGGCCGACGGGGGCAUCGUGGACUUGCGCGAGAUGCUGGCCGUGUCCGUGCUGGCCGCGGUUCGCGGCGGCGACGAGGUGAGACGCGUCCGCGAGAGCAACGUCCUCCACGAGAAGUCCAAGGGGAAGACGCGCGAGGGAGCCGAGGACAAGAUGACCAGCGGGGACGUGCUCUCCAACCGCAAGAUGUUCUACCUCCUCAAGACGGCCUUCCCGAGCGUGCAGAUAAAUACUGAGGAACAUGUGGAUGCAACUGAUCAGGAGGUUAUCAUGUGGGAUCAUAAGAUUCCUGAAGAUAUCCUGAAGGAGAUAAGUACCCCUAAAGAAGUACCUGCAGAAAGUGUUACCGUCUGGAUUGACCCACUUGAUGCCACACAGGAAUAUACAGAGGAUCUUCGAAAGUAUGUAACUACUAUGGUGUGUGUAGCUGUGAAUGGUAAACCUGUUCUAGGGGUUAUACACAAACCCUUUUCUGAAUACACAGCUUGGGCAAUGGUCGAUGGUGGUUCAAAUGUGAAAGCUCGCUCUUCCUAUAACGACAAGACUCCAAGUAUCGUCGUGUCUCGCUCCCACUCAGGGAUCGUCAAACAAGUUGCUCUUCAGACUUUUGGAAACCAGAGUACAAUUAUCCCUGCUGGUGGUGCUGGUUAUAAAGUUUUAGCACUCUUGGAUGUGCCUGACAAGAAUCAAGAAAAAGCUGACCUGUAUAUCCAUGUAACAUACAUCAAAAAGUGGGAUAUAUGUGCUGGCAAUGCCAUAUUAAAAGCCCUUGGGGGGCAUAUGACCACUUUGAAUGGUGAAGAAAUCAGCUACACUGGUUCAGAUGGCAUCGAAGGGGGACUGCUUGCUAGCAUCCGAAUGAACCACCAGGCUCUGGUCAGAAAACUCCCAGAGUUAGAAAAGACAGGACAUAAAUAAGCUUAACUGAUUACAGGGUACAAACUCUUCCAGAGUGGAAAAGGUUAGGCUGAAACACGCUGCAAUGUCAAGGGUUAUGUGGAGACUAUGCAUGGUUAAGGCCAUCUCAGACUUUUUAAAGUAUUUAUGAAGCAUCAGAGACUUAUUUUCCCUGGAACAGGAUGAAAGAUCAGGGAAAAUGGGUUGCUUCGUGUCUCAAGUAUUGUCUUUAUUUUUGAGACUAUUUUCAUACAGUUGUCAUACACAAGGCAC